CGCGAAACAAAAUUUAAAAAUUCAAAGGCGCCAAGACGUUGCGGGAACUUGUUUGUUUGAUGAGUGUCAAGAUUCGUAAGAGACUGGUGAUUUCUUCUGAGAGUGAAAGCUCUCCUUUGAAAGAUAUCCAAAAUAGUGACAGCUCUGAACAAGAAUGUGAACUUCCCUCCCUUUUAGAACGCUUACAUAGGAGACAGAAUUUUAAGUCGUCAACUCCGGUACUUCCCAAAAAACUAUCCCCGUUCAACGGCAAGGUUGUGAAUUCUGCUGGAAAAGAAAACACACCCUCCUGCUCUAUUUGCUUUACUUCGCCUGCUGAAACUCCUUCUUAUCCGGACUGUUGCAAUCACACUUUUUGUUAUGAGUGUUUGAUUAAGUGGAGUGAUAUGCUCAAUAUUUGUCCUCUUUGCAAAAGAAAGUUUCAUUUUAUAUGCGACUUAUUCGAAGCAGGAAAGAAGAUUAAAAUAACGGACAGAAACCAGCCCAAGUAUUUAGAGGACGAAACUUACUUCAACCAAAUGGAAGAGGCCGUUUAUUGUGCCUUCUGUGGGAGUGACACGAACGAACAAGUGUUGCUCCUUUGUGACGGUUGCAAUGUUGGGAUGCAUACAUACUGUCUAACUCCACCUCUCGACGAAGUUCCUCCAGGAGAAUGGUUUUGUCCAGAGUGUCAGGAAUCACGACAGGCAGAACAAAUCUCCAAUAUAUCUCGGUCAAGAGUGGCACUCAGAAACAGGAGAACACGUAGAAGAACGACCCGUGUGAGUGGUUCCACACGUUCUCGACGACAAAGGGGUCGAGGAUCUCGAGGAAGGCAACAAAAUCAGCUUUCCGUGUCCGCAACAAGGACGGUGAGGAACUCGGAACGCGCACUAUCUCAAGUUGCUGCUGUUAACAACAUUAGUAUUCCCUAUCCACAUAUCAUAAGUGACGAAUCUGAUGAACGUUCAUCUGGAUAUGCUUCAGACGACAGUUUCCUACAAGGACUUUGGAUUCAUCCAGAAUCGAAUUGUGAACAUUCCUCUUUCAACAGAGAAUAUUCUGAAACUCAAUAUACUUUUCUCACGAAUCGAUUGAAUUCUAAUUGUUUACCCCGUGACAUCAUGUACAGAUAUGGCAUUGGUGGUGCCAGGGCCACUGGUUGCAGACAAAUUCUUGGUGACAUUAGCCCAAACUUUGUUCCAGAAACACCUGAAAAUAAAACCUGAGAAUUUUAAGACUUCACUAGCUGAAAAUUGAAAUAUUUUUACGUAGUCUAAUGCUAUAUUGUG